AAUCGCACUCAAAAUCAUAUUUUAAGUCAAGCCACAGAUUCAAACUUCAAAUUUUACCGCCAAAGAAGCAAUGAAAGUUCUUUCAUAACGAAAAAACGCGCUAUUUUCCCCGAAUUUCGGUAUUUCCGAAGCUCGCGCUGCACGGUCACACCAGCAGGUCAAGUUAAGUUUAUGUUAAAACAAAUUAGAUAGAUUUCCUAAAUUAAAAACACACUGUACGAUGCUGGUAAACAGGAUGCAGCUAUGGCGGGCAACCAAUGCGGCUGCAGCAUUCAACACUGCUGCCGCCCGCUUGACCACAACACAGCACAACUCACCCGCCAACAGGAGAGACAUGCACGUGGCCAGCCACAGGAUUUGGAGCGCCCAGCUGGCGCGACACUCCAUGCUGCUGCCCGCACAAAAGCUUCUGCCCCCAGCGCUGAUGGGCGCUAGUGCUCUGCGCUUUGCCAGCACCGACGCCGAGGGCCUGCCGGAAUUGGUGUCCACCAAGCAGCUAGUCGACCUGCCCGAUAUUCCAGCGGCACCGACACCGCCCGCAUUUUCCCUGGAGGAUAUGUCCACAAAUGUGGUGGACGUGGUGAAUGCUGCUGGAGAGGCCACAUUCGCGUCGAUCGGACUGGGGGGCUGGACGCCCGUGGGUGUCGUACAAAACUGCAUGGAGUUCCUGCACUGCACGUGGGAGCUGCCCUGGUGGGGUGCUAUCGCCGUGGGGACGCUGGUGGUGCGCACAAUCAUCUUUCCGCUGGUGAUUCUCGCGCAGCGGAACUCGGCCAAGAUGAACAACAACAUGCCACAGAUGCAGUUGCUGCAGCUCAAGAUGACGGAGGCCAGGCAGUCGGGUAAUGCCAUUGAGUCGGCCCGCUACGCCCAGGAGAUGAUGCUGUUUAUGCGGGAUAAGGGCGUGAAUCCGCUGAAGAAUAUGAUUGUGCCACUAGCUCAGGCGCCGCUCUUCAUAUCCUUUUUCAUGGGACUGCGUCAGAUGGCCAAUACGCCCGUGGACUCCAUGAGGGAUGGCGGACUCUGGUGGUUCCAGGAUCUGACCCUGGCCGAUCCUCUCUAUAUACUGCCUUUGAUCACUAGUGCGACGCUCUACCUGACCAUCGAGAUCGGCACGGACAGCGCCCGCCUGUCGGCCGCCAACAUGAACACGAUGAAGUACGUCCUGCGAGCCCUGCCCCUCGUCAUCUUCCCCUUCACAAUGAACUUCCCGGCGGCCAUUCUCACGUACUGGGCAUGCAGUAACUUCAUCUCACUGGGACAGGUGGCCGUGCUGCGUAUUCCCGCAGUGCGGGAAUACUUCAAGAUCGAGAAGAUGCUGACGCAUGCACCGAGUGCGCUGCCCACGAAGAAGAAGGGAUUCGUUGGAGGCAUGAAAGAGUCCUGGGACAACAUGAAGAUCACCAAGGAGAUCGAGGAGCGACAGCGUCUGGAUGAAAUCCGUUUUGCCAAGGCUGGCAAGGGGCCGCUGGUGAAGACCUUCAAGCACGAUCCCACCAAGGCAAAGCCCCUGCCCAUCGUGGAGCCACACAUGCGGUUAAAGGAACCGCCCAAAGAAUAACCCGAUGAUACAUGCGAGUACAGCCAGUCGCCAUGCGACGCUGUGUUUUGUUAACGUUUACCUUUUAGCCGAUAGUUCAUGACCCCAGAGAGUUCUGCUGCUAAAAUAUAAUUUGUAUUACCUAAAA